CCUCAACCUAGCUUGGGUACUAAAGGUCAAUCACAAUUGCUACCAAAUUACUAUCACGAUUUAGGCCCUACUCCUGUCGCCUUCUACCAUAUUCAUCGAAGAGUAUUUUGCUGGCCAACCCUUUUUCUCACUCAAGCUUCAAGAUGUCUGAAAUCACUCACCCCACUAUCAAGGAUGGAUGGUUCCGCGAGAUCUCCGACAUGUGGCCCGGACAGGCCAUGACCCUCAAGGUCAAGAACGUCCUCCACCACGAGAAGAGCAAGUACCAGGAUGUCCUCAUCUUCGAGUCCACCGACUACGGCACCGUUCUCGUUCUCGACAACGUCAUCCAGUGCACCGAGAGGGACGAGUUCGCAUACCAGGAGAUGAUCACUCACUUGGCGAUGAACUCUCACCCAAACCCCAAGAAGGUUCUGGUCAUCGGUGGUGGUGAUGGUGGUGUCCUCCGUGAGGUCAUCAAGCACGACUGCGUUGAGGAGGCCGUCCUGUGCGACAUUGACGAGGCCGUUAUCCGCCUCUCGAAGAAGUACCUUCCAGGAAUGGCCAUCAGCUACCAGCACCCCAAGGUCAAGGUCCACGUUGGAGAUGGAUUCAAGUUCCUCGAUGACUACAAGAACGAGUUCGACGUCAUCAUCACUGACUCCUCUGACCCAGAGGGACCAGCCGAGAUGCUUUUCCAGAAGCCAUACUUCCAGCUUCUGUUUGGAGCUCUCAAGGAGGGUGGCGUUAUUUCUACACAAGCUGAGAACCAGUGGCUUCACCUGCCAUUGAUCACCAAGCUUAAGAAGGACUGCAAGGAGGUCUUCCCCACUGUCGAGUACGCCUACACCACCAUCCCCACCUACCCCUCCGGCCAGAUCGGCUUCAUGAUCUGCUCCAAGGACGCUACCCGCGACAUGAAGACCCCGCUCCGCAGCUUCACCGCCGAGCAGGAGGACUCGCAGCUCCGCUACUACAACGCGGACAUCCACAAGGCCAGCUUCAUCCUGCCCACCUUCGCCCGCAAGGCGCUCCAGUAGAGGAGGAUAGGAGGAGGGUUUGAUUAUGAUUUGAUGAUAUCGAGGAGGAUAUAUAACUGGCUGUUGGGUGUGAUUGCGCCAUGCUGAUUGCCAUUUUUUGGCGUAGCUUUGAUGGGCAAGUCUGCGUCUGCAGCAUCGGGUAGAUAUCAUACUUUGACUAAGCGGGAUGAAAGCAAUAUUAGAGUUCUC